AUGUUUCAGAUGUUUAAAGAUUGGUUUUGGUUGGAAAGAUUCUGGCUUCCUCCAACAAUAAAGUGGUCAGAUCUUGAAGAUCAUGAUGGACUCGUCUUUGUGAAACCCUCUCAUUUAUAUAUGACCAUUCCAUAUGCUUUUGGCUUGAUAAUUAUCAGACAUUUUUUUGAAAAGUUUAUUGCUUCACCUCUAGCAAAAACAAUUGGCAUUAAAGAGGAAAUUCGAAAGAAGAUUACACCAAAUACUGUUUUAGAGAAUUUUUUCAAACAUUCCACAAGGAAACCAUCUCAAACUGAUAUUUAUGGACUGGCAAAGAAGUGUAACUUGACAGAGCGCCAGGUUGAAAGGUGGUUUAGGAGUCGGCGGAAUCAAGAUAGGCCUUGCAGGAUGAAGAAAUUCCAGGAAGCUUGUAGUGAAUACUCUUGUUUUCCUCAGCCCUUGCUGCCAUCUCAGUACUGGUACUACAUUUUGGAGAUGAGUUUUUAUUGGUCUCUCUUAUUUAGCCUUGGCUCUGAUAUCAAGAGGAAGGAUUUUCUAGCUCAUGUCAUCCACCACCUGGCUGCUGUUAGUUUGAUGAGCUUUUCUUGGUGUGCUAAUUAUAUUCGCAGUGGGACCCUCGUGAUGAUUUUACACGAUGUGGCCGACAUUUGGCUGGAGUCUGCUAAGAUGUUUUCUUAUGCCGGAUGGAAGCAAACCUGUAACACCCUGUUUUUCAUCUUCUCCAUCAUAUUUUUCAUCAGCCGCCUCAUUAUUUUUCCCUUCUGGAUUUUGUAUUGCACGCUGAUUCUGCCUCUGCAGUACCUUGAGCCUUUCUUUUCAUGCAUCUUCCUCAACCUACAGCUCAUGGUCCUGCAAGUUCUUAAUCUUUACUGGGGUUACUUCAUCCUGAAGAUGCUCAAAAGAUGUAUAUUCACGAAGAAUAUCCAGGACGUGAGAAGUGAUGAUGAGGAUGAAUAUGAAGAAGAAGAGGUUGAGGAAGAGGAGGAGGAGAAGGAAGAAGCCACCAAAGGCAAAGAGACAGACGGUUUGAAGAACGGCCUUGGGGCCAACAGGCACCUCAUUCCCAAUGGUCAGCAUGGCUGUUAGCUUGAAGC